AUGUCCAUUUUAGUAAGCAAAGAUACAAGAUUAAUAUGCCAGGGUUUUACCGGCACACAGGGUACAUUCCACUCAGAGCAAGCAAUUAGCUAAGGAACAAAAAUGGUUGGUGGCAUAACUCCCGGCAAGGGUGGGAGCACCCACCUUAACUUGCCGGUUUUAUACUGUAGCAGAACUAAAGAAAAAACUGAUGAGAAUGCCACGGUAAUAUAUGUACCUGCUAAGUUCGCUGCUGAUGCAAUACUCGAAGCCAUAGAUGCAAAAAUAGAGCUGAUAGUUUGUAUUACAGAGGGUAUUCCUAUACUUGACAUGGUAAAAGUUAAGCAUGCGCUUAUUGGUUCAAAAAGUCGAUUGAUUGGUCCCGAUUGUCCGGGGGUUCUUACACCCGAAGAGUGCAAAAUCGGAAUUAUGCCAGGACAUAUUCACAAGCGUGGGCAUAUAGGGAUCAUGUCUCGUUCCGGAACUUCAACUUAUGAAGCGGUAGCACAAACAACUGCUGUUGGCCUUGGUCAGUCAACAUGCAUCGGAAUUGGAGGAGAUCCUGUUCAUGGUAUGACAUUUGUUGAUUGUAUGGAACUGUUUUUAAAAGAUGAAGAUACCCAUGGUAUUGUAGUCAUUGGUGAGAUAGGUGGAAACGAAGAAGAGGAUGUAUCACAUUUUGUGAAGACAGAAAAAACUAAAAAGCCAAUUAUUGGAUUUGUAGCUGGUCAAACACCACCUCCAGGAAGGCCCAUGGGACACGCUGGAGCGAUUAUCUCUUCUAGUGGAGGGAGUGCUGGUGUAAAGCUAGAAGUUAUGAGAAGUGCUGGUAUUGCGAUUGCAGAAACUCCUGCAGUAAUUGGUAAAAAAGUUUUGGAAAAGGUGAAGGAGAAGAAG